UGGGUGUUGAGCUCACUUGCCUGGCAGCGCAGAGACACAGCGCCUCUGUCCCCGGAUCAGCCCCGCUUCAGCUCAGCCACAGGCUCCUGGCUCCCUUCCCUGCCGCACUGCACUCUGCAAGCUGCACCAGAGAGAGGAGGAUGGAGACUCUCCCUGCUGCUCGGGUCCUGGCGCUGCUCUGCCUGGGUUUCCACCUUCUCCAAGCAGUUAUCAGCACAACAGUGAUUCCCUCAUGUAUCCCAGGAGAAUCUGAAGAUAACUGUACAGCUUUAGUUCAGAUGGAAGACAAUCCCCGCGUGGCUCAAGUGUCAAUUACAAAGUGUAGCUCGGACAUGAACGGCUACUGCUUGCAUGGACAGUGCAUCUACCUGGUGGACAUGAGUGAAAAUUACUGCAGAUGUGACGUGGGCUACACUGGCAUGCGAUGUGAACACUUCUUUCUGACGGUCCAUCAGCCCUUGAGCACAGAAUACGUUGCCCUGACGGUGAUCCUCAUUCUCCUCGUUCUUGUCAUCACUGCUGGGUCCAUAUACUAUUUCUGCAGAUGGUACAAAAAUCGAAAAAGUAAAAAAUCAAAGAAGGAAUAUGAGAGAGUGACAUCAGGGGACACUGCAUUGCCACAAGUCUGAACAGUACCACCGAACUAUGAACAGAAAGGCAUAGCGUGCCUGACUAAUGUUAAUAUUUUGUUGUAUUAAUAGUAUUUAUGUUGGGUCAUGUGUUAGGUCAAUAACUGUAUAUUUUUAAUACACUUGGAAAGUGUUUUAUUUUUGACAGACUAUUUGCUAAUAUAUUAUAAUGUAAAAUAUUUAAUGUCAAAAGAAAACUGAUAUUUUUGUAAGAAUUUUCUGAGUGCAAUGCUUUAUUGAAGAGCCUCAAAGUUCACUAGGCUGGUGCCAUGCUUGGAGUGAGCAGGGCCCAGUCUGUUGCUCAGGGGAUGUCUGCAAGCUACAUUCCUCUGAGCCGAGUAAUAUGGUCAAGUCAAUUGCAUAAGUGAUUUAUUUUCUACUUCUCGUGUCUGAUAAUUGACUUGACUAUUUCGUGGCUUAGCACAGUGGCUGGCGAGCCUAGUAAUACAGUCAAAUCAAUUGCAUAAGUGAUUUAUUUUCUGCUUCUCAUCUCUGUGAUAAUUGACUUGACUAUAAGGUCAUGUAUUAAAACAGCAAUAACAGUGGGACUUGGGGGAGGCAAACACAACUGUGUGCCUCCACCAGACAUUUGAGCCACUGAUUUGGGAGAGGAUGCCUCUUCACCAUCUCUGCUGCCAGGUGCAGAUGUGCCUGGAGGGGAUCAAGGACCAUCCCCUGCGCUAAACCCACCCUAACAAUGGGUACUCCGCUUGGGUAGCGUACGUCAUUAUGUGAGGUUGUUGCUGAGUACCAAUCAGAAAAUCCACAUUUGAAGACAGAUUUGAACUCCACUUUAGAGUAUUUAUUUUUUGGUAGGGAAUUACUGAAGAGCUAUUAAAUCAGAAUCAAAGUUGAAUUAAACAUAAUUUGAAAAUACAGCAGGAUGCUGGUCAGAUCUUAUCUAAUAUGGAAAUGUACUUUUGAAAUUGUGUGUUCAAGGGGAUUUUUGUUUGUUUUUGAUUUGUGUUAUUUUGUUACUGCUGGUGUUACUGUGUUUGUUUAACACAGUCUCACUCUUUAGUUCAGACUAGCCUGAAACUCAUGUUAAUUCUCCAGCCUUACCCUCCGGGUUCUUGGAUUAUACACGUACAUUAACAUGCCAGUCUUCAAACGUUUUACCAACCAACAGUUCAGUCAACAUCUUAUUUCAGAUUGUAAAGUCACAUUUUGAAAACAUAUAUCUAAAUAUGGGAAGUGAGGAAAAUACGGGAAAAAUAACAUAUUUUUUUCCAAAGGAGAAACACACUGGAAAGCUUUUAACCUUACAGAUAACUAUGCAUUCCUAUGGGAGUUUAGAUGAAAUCUGGCCCUCUUUCCCUGUCAUUGGUGUGUCUUCAUUAGACAGAAGGUUGGUCUCCACUCGCAGCCUGUGGCUCUUGGUGAGUCACUGAGACUAUCCUGUGCAGUUGCCUCAGGAGUCAUGCCGGCACACCUCGCCUUUCCUGGGAGGCUGCCUCGCCAAGGCUCAGGCUUAGGUGGAAUCUCUCUGGGACACAUACCAGGUCAGGGAGGGCCUAUCCUACCUCCACCUUUUUCCUGGCAUAUGCUCAGGCAACAAAGAGUUACCUCUGACCUCUAGAGUUCAGGGGAACAAAAUAUCGCUGCCCAUAGAGCCGCUCCUGGGAAACCCUGCAAGGUUCACACAGCUCUCAUUGGAAGUCCUGGUCUUACCAGGAGAGAAACAAGUAGAUAAAAUAAGCCAUGCACAUGUGCAUGCUGGUACUCAUGCUUGUGCAUGCACAAGCUCCAUCCUUUGCAGAAUCACAGCUAUUCAUUUCCAUCUUAACCGAUAGACUCAUAUUUAAAAAGACAAAGGUAAAGGAAAGCCAGUGAGAUCUAAACGGUGUAUUUCUUUGAUUUAGCUGACGUCUAGUGUCCCAUGUAAGAACACAUUUUCAAUCCCAUCGACACCAACUGGAUGUAGAGAAAACUGGCCUAAUAUCAGUGACCUUGGCUUCUCCAGACAAAAGUCUAAAGCUCAUCAAGGACUGAGCCGAAACACAGCCAGUUAAUUUAUAGAAGCUGAGUGAGGAUUUUAACAUUGGUAUAUUGUUCUGCUGGGAGAAUUUCCAGCCAUGCUUCAUCACUCGAUGCAAGAAGUUUGGGGUAGCUUUGUGUAUUUUUUUAAUGUUUUCUUAAAGAGUUCAGGAAAGAGCUAUAUCUUUAUAAAUUUUUGUUUUAAUCUCAAAGCUGAUAAUAAAACUCAGAGCCUUAUACCUGUUGAGCAAACACUACCAUUGGGCUACACCUAUAAUACCCCCCCAAAACCAUAUUAAUGAUGAAAAAGUUUGAUGGAGAUUUCAGGUUUGGGGUUGAACAUACUUUGAAAACUCAUUGUUUUAGUGAAGAUUAAGUUAAGUAAGCAUAAAAGAUUACAGUCAGUUUAUGUGUUACACAGAUUUCUCAUUAUAUUGUACGUACACACACAGAUUGAGAACCAAAGCAACCCAAGAUGCAAAAUUGCAUAACUUACAGUCUCCCACCAAAAUUACCUAAUAUCCCAGUAGGUGCAACCUGUAAACAAGGACAUUAUACUCUGUACUUGACGCUGAAGUUUUACUAUGCAAAGCCCUGUCCCAUUCUAACUCUCCUGCUCUCUUACACAUUUUUCACACCCUCUCUCUGUCAAGAGUCUGUGGGGGAAAAGCCAAAAGCUGGAGGACAGCUAACUAAAUUCCACUGCCAAAAGAUACCAAUCAUUUACCCAGCCACUAUAUGACAUGUCCUACUGUGUCACUUUUGUUUCGUUCAGUCAGCAAACUAUAAAGUUACCUGUAAGUCCCUUUAUUGGACCAAAUUUGUCGUUUUUGCCUCAAUUUCUCUUCUGUGAAAAUUUUUAAAAGUUUGAUUUGCUGCUCAGUAUUUUCAAUUUUUUUCUAAUGUUAUGUGAGGAGGAGAACAUAAACAGCACUUCUGGGUAUAUUUUAACGUUUUAACUGAAGAAUAUUUAUGUCUAAGACAUCUCUGCUAUACAAAUUGCUGUUGAGUGUAAUACAGUGCAUCUUCCUUCUGCCCCUUCACACUCUAUAACUGCACUUUCCAAGUCUGAAGAACCACUCGCAUAAAGUUUCUAUUGAAGAUUCUAACGGAACAUACAGUUGUAUUGUGUUCACCAUAAAACUUGUCUGACUACGAAUUUUAUCAGAGUACUGAAUUGUAUCAAUUUGUUUGCAGUGAAUAUCAGCUUUGAUAGUUAUGUACCUUAACAUACUAAAGGAGACUAUAACUUACAAGUUGUUGUCAGUUUUUAUUUAUUUAUUUUUGUUAGGAAUUGGCAAAGAUCACCAUGGAAAAAUAAA